CAAAAUAGUAAAAUCUCAUCACAAGUGUCUUCACACUUGGAGCCACAACUGCAUAUCCACGUGGAGGCCCACAUGAGGCUCUUCAGAUACUUCCACUUCCAACAUACAUUUACGCCUACGCAACAAACUCACACACCACAAACAAAAAAGAUUCAUCUUUCAACUCUCUUUCCAGUUGUUUCUCCAUCAUUUUUCUCCAAGAAACCUGCCAAAAAUCAUGAACACUCUCCACCGAUCUCAUCUUGAUCUCAACACCCCUUGUCCCGUUUCAUCAAUCUACACCAAAAUCCCUCAAACACCCACUUCAAUUACGUGCUACAAACACCCAUUUUCUUGUUUCAGUGUUACUCGUUAUCGUAUUACUCGUAGCAGGUGUAAAGGAUUGCCGGUAGCGAAAGCUUUACCUAAGACAAAAGUAACAAAAACGAACCCACAAGUUGGAAAUGGUGAAUUGGUUGAAUCUAAUAGGAAACUGGUUGAUUCUAUUGCUAGAGGUUUGAUUGGGGUUGUUGCUGCGGUUUCUGUGUGUUUGGAUUCUCCGGCUAUGGCUGAGUCUUUGACGAUAGCGUUCCCGGCUUCUCGGACUCAUGAGGUAAAUGCCGUACAGCGAACGCUUGUGGAGACUUGGGGUUUGAUCAGAGAGACGUUCGUUGAUCCAACUUUUAAUCAUCAGGAUUGGGACUCAAAGCUACAACAAACAAUGGUGGAAAUGCUUCCUCUUAGAACAGCUGAUGCAGCAUAUAGCAAGAUCAAAGGAAUGCUUUCUACUCUUGGAGACCCGUUCACUCGCAUCAUCAGUCCAAAGGAAUACCAGAGUUUCAGAAUUGGAAGUGAUGGAAACGUGCAAGGAGUCGGUCUCUUUGUCAAUACUGAACCAAAAACCGGUCAUCUGGUUGUACUAUCUUGUGUUGAGGGUAGCCCAGCCGAUCGAGCCGGAAUCCAUGUCGGAGAUGAGUUGGUUGAGAUCAAUGGUGAAAGACUUAACGGAAUUAGCGGUGAGGCAGCUGCACAGAAGCUCAGAGGUCAUGUCGGGACCAGUGUUACGGUCAAAGUUCAUAAUGGCAAAAAGUUGGCGAUUGACUCCAGUUUUCGAGAGGUUAGAUUACCUCGUGAGUUCAUUAAGCUUUCUCCGAUAUCAAGUGCCAUUAUUCCUCAUAGAACUCCCGACGGUCAUGUGUCCAAAACUGGAUAUGUAAAGUUGUUAGCUUUUUCCCAGACUGCUGCUGAUGAUAUGAAACACGCGAUUUACGAAUUGGAAAAUCAAGGUGUUGAGUCAUACAUCUUGGAUCUUAGAAACAAUCCGGGUGGUUUAGUCAAAGCUGGACUUGAUGUUGCACAAAUAUGGCUAGAUGGAGAUGAAACUCUUGUAAACACGAUAGAUCGAGACGGCAACAUGCUGCCUAUUAACAUGAUCAACGGACACGCUCUCACACAUGAUCCGCUAGUCGUUCUUGUAAAUGAAGGGAGUGCAAGUGCAAGUGAAAUCUUGGCAGGUGCACUUCAUGACAAUGGUAGAGCAAAGCUUAUUGGCAACAGAACAUUUGGGAAAGGAAAAAUUCAGAGUGUGACCGAAUUACACGACGGAUCGGCUCUCUUCAUUACGGUUGCGAAAUACUUAUCACCAGCACUUCAUACCAUAGAUCAAGUUGGGAUAACACCAGAUGUUCAGUGCACAACAGAGAUGCUGAAUGCACCUAAAGAAUCAGGGCUUUUAAGAAAGAAAAGUGCAGUCUCUUCUUCAUCUUUGGAAGGGGAUUCUUGCAUUUUGGUUGCAGAACAUGAGUUGGAUAAUCAAGAAUCUAAAGGCUCUGCAUCCUGAAAUCUUAAUUUGAAUCCUGUAAAUAUUAUAUCUGUAUUUGUGUGUAUAUAUAUAUAUAGUUGUAAUCAGAGUAUAUUGAUGAACUGUUGAUUAGUUCUGUUUAAA